AUGUCUCCAAACAGUCACCAUCACGAGGAAGAGGAAUCUCCGGUCCCUCACGUACUGCAUCAUAUGCAUGGCAUGCCUAUUCUCCAGACCGAGCUCUUGCCUAUAGAAAGAAAGUUCUGGGAACAGUACAACACCACCACGUACUUCAAUGUCGAGUCCAAGCAUAGAGGCGCCUUGUAUGGCCACAUCAUUGUCGGUCUUUUGUCUAUCAUUUUUGUCUAUCCUGUAGCCAUUGUGUUCAAUAACUUGAACAUGACUUCCUGGUAUUUGUCUACGUUGGUAGUGCACACGACACUAGUGCUAGUUAGUCUUACGUGCUUCUCGGUAUUCAUCAAGUCGAUUCCAGAUAUGUACCCCGGCAAUGCCUACAACAAGAUGUCGUGGAUCUUGUUGUUCUCGACGGCGGCCCACUUGGUGGCAGCAUUUGUCAAUUUUGGUUAUAAAUACAUCAACAACGACUUGGCCGAAAGAGCCACAGGUCAUGAGUACUUCGGUGUGGCCGGCACAGACGAGGACUUUGAAGACCAGAACAGCUGUGACUCGCCUGCUAUCACUCUAUACGACUUGUCGAGACUGGGAACGACGUCGAACUCGCUAGACUUGAAUCCUGUCCAUGCCAAUGGACACCUCAAGACUUCGUCCAACUCGAUGUUACCUCCUCCUGUUAGAGCAUUUAGUCCCAUUUUUAAGGUGUUUGACUGGCCCGUGUUUAGCCACAUAAACAAGACCUUGUAUACUGUUUCCAAGUACAUGUUCAACUUCUUAAACUGGGGCCAUUUCUUCUAUUUCAUGAUAUAUAUUCCCACUGGAGUUGCCACCUUCUUGUUAUACGGGCAGGGAUCCAAAGUGUUUAACUUGCUUGCGCACUUUAUUAAGGGUGGUGUAUUUUUUGCAUAUGGUAUCUUGACUCUCGCCAGAUACAGCGGAGCUUUCUCGAAUAAGGGUUGGGCUUGGAACCAUAAAUAUGUGUCUGAUACUUCAUCGAGAUGGAAUAGAAUCCAGUCCACUGGCUUGGUUACGAUGGAAUGUUUGGAGUCUGGGCUUAUCUUGUUCUACGGCUGUACCAAUAUCUUUUUGGAACAUUUGGCAAAUGCAGGAAAGCCCUAUUCCUCCAAGGACUUGCAGCAUGCUUCCAUUGCCUUUAUCUAUAUAGGCUGCGGCUUGUGUGGAGUCAUCACCGAGUCGAAAUUGGCUGCAUGGAGAUACGAGAAGGCCAUUGACAACUACGAUUUGGCUGUGAAAAAUUCUAAGGUAGGAAAAAUCUUAAAAGCCUCGCCCGGAUUCUCACCAAACCCAUUCCCCGUAGUAACCAUUUUCUGGACGGGCAUACUUAUGUCCAAACACGAGCAGGCCAGUCCUUUGUCGACUGAGAUCCACAUUCAAUGGGGUAACAUGUUUAUUUUAGGAUGUGCAUUCAGAUUACUUACCUACAUCUUGGUAUUGCUUCUCCCCGUUAAUGCCAAGGCGUUAUUGCGUCCACUGAGACCAAUUACUGAGUUGAUAGUCAGUUUCAGUUUGUUGUGUGGUGGGGUAAUCUUUAUGGAGUCUACCGAUCCUGUAGUGCAGAGCUUCGAGUACCAUGGCUUGAGCCCCAUGUUCAGUUUGAACGUGACCUUGGGUUUCAUCACGUUGUUGAUGGCUUGGGAAAUGACAGUCUUUGCUCUUAAAGACUGGUUGUCGAAGAGAUCCAAGAGAAGCUACAGACAGGAGUUCUAG